CGUAGUAUGAGCACUGAAUCUCCCCUCGUUUCGAUACUCUUGAUAUGAUCCCUAAUGAGUAAUGAUGUCUCGCUAUCGACCACGCCUUCUCAAGAUCUUCGUCUUCCAGCACCCAGACACUGCCAUACAUAGAAGGAUCAUACUCUCGUCCAUUGGCUGAAGCUCCGGAAUUGAUCUUAAUCCAAUCCAGGCCAAAAUAAGCCUGGCGAGUCCAGUCGGGUAGCAGUACCGAUCCUAGCCAUGGUGGUGGUGACGUAACCACCAUCCCUCCCGCUUCAGCAGCAACUGAAAGCUGUGAAUGAAGUGGUACGCAGCAUAUACGUGGACUUGCGAUGUAUAUAAACCGCAUCAUCGCCGUUCAAUCUUGCUCGUCCUCUAUUCUCUCUGCCGUACUUGCAUGCCAAAUCGCCUUGCAAAACCCAUCUUCUCUGAUCAGAUCAUCGCCAGCAACCAGCCCACUCGUACUACUACCUGCAUCCUCCUAUUCCACGAUGCCACUCGUCGUCCCAGGCCUCACCACCUCGUCCAAGGACAAGACCGAGGAAUGGAACCAUAAACUCAUGGGGAAGAAGAUCGGGGAGGAGUCGAACGAGAUUUUCUUCGCAAAGAAAGACCUCCCUUCCGAGCACCGGGUCGUCAAGGAGGGGGAUAUGAUGACCAUGGACCACAAACCUGACAGGCUGAACAUCCACGUCGCCGACGAUGGCACGGUCAACAAAGUCACACAUGGCUAG